GUCCUCCAGACGUUCUCAUUGGCCAGCCCUCUCUACAAAUCCAACUCCAGCAACUUCCCCAGAACAGACUAACAAAUCAUAACCGCAUGUAUUUUACCGUCAUAAACGCGUUUGCACUAUCCCAUACAUUGGUGCAAGUGUUGAAGAUUACAGUUUUGUUGGUAUUUUUAUUCGAAUAUAUCCAAAGCGAAAGUUACUUUUGAUUGUUUACAUUACAGGAUUUCGAGAGAGCUAUUUUAUUCAAGGAAAGAACUGGACAAAGAACAUUCUACUCCGGCUCACAAUCGAGAGCAUCCAGCGGCAAAAUCGAGACCCCGAGAAAAAGAACCAAUAAACAACCAAGGACAUCUACGGGCCUUACCCAAUUUUCAACAUUUUCUCCAACUUUACCCCCCAGUCCAACAUUAGCAUGAUGUCGUAUCUCAAGCAACCACCUUACACAGUCAACGGACUGAGCUUAACGACCUCCGGAAUGGACCUUCUGCAUCCAUCCGUGGGCUACCCAGCGACGCCCCGCAAGCAGAGACGAGAAAGGACGACUUUCACACGCGCACAACUUGACGUUUUAGAGGCACUGUUCGGCAAAACUCGAUAUCCUGAUAUAUUCAUGCGCGAGGAGGUAGCACUGAAAAUCAAUCUGCCAGAGUCUCGUGUACAGGUUUGGUUUAAGAACCGAAGGGCAAAGUGCCGCCAGCAACAACAGCAGCAGCAGAACGGGGGGCAGAACAAAGUGCGACCAGCCAAAAAGAAGAGUUCUCCAGCCAGAGAAGCGAGCUCUGAGAGCGGGGCGAGUGGCCAGUUCACACCGCCCUCAAGUACUACUUCAGUCCCUUCCAUAUCAACCAGCACCGCACCGGUAUCUAUUUGGAGUCCAGCUUCCAUCUCUCCACUGGCUGACCCUCUUUCUACAUCCUCCUCCUGCAUGCAAAGAUCCUACCCAAUGACCUACACACAGGCCUCGGGAUACAGCCAAGGCUAUGCCGGAUCAACGUCAUACUUCGGCGGAAUGGACUGCGGUUCUUACCUUACACCCAUGCACCACCAGUUGUCUGGCCCAGGGACGACAGUCAGUCCUAUGAGCACCAACGCCGUCACAAGCCAUCUGAACCAGUCCCCUGCAUCCCUCUCCACUCAGGGCUACGGAGCCUCGGGGCUAGGCUUCAACUCCACGGCGGACUGCUUGGAUUAUAAGGACCAAGCGGCAUCCUGGAAGCUGAACUUCAAUGCCGAUUGCUUGGAUUAUAAAGACCAGACUUCAUCGUGGAAAUUCCAAGUCCUGUGAAAAGAACAAUAUGGCUAUGUAAACUAUUCAAACGAAGAUAAUGAUGAUAAAUCAAACACCUAGCCCUGCCAUCCUUCAAUAAGAUAUAUCCGUAAAAGACUGAUUAUUCGUGUCGCCGGUAAGGAACUUCGAGAGAGAAAGAGAGGGGGAAGGGGAGGGGGGCACAUUUCGGUGGCGGCUCGUGUUGAUGGCAUGAAGUUUGUCCCCGUCCAGCAGAGGAGAAGAUAUAAUUUAUUUUAGCACUGGCAAAGAUAUUUUCUUUUCAUAAACCUCACAGGUUGAAGCCAUCUCAUCUGUCUGUCAGUGUGUACCUCUAUGCUUACAGUACAGCACCUGUUGGUUAAUUGAAGGAAAACUUGAAGUCGACUCGUAGUAAUUUAUGGUACAUCACAGCCACGAACAAAUCCUUAUUCAAGAACAACAUUGCUAGAGGAGCCAUUUUUUUUGGUUAAGUGCUUGGGAUGGUCAGGCUUCAUUUAAGCCUCUUACAACUUGCCGACCUAUUGGCGGAGGAACACUUUGACCAGGAAUGUUGUGUGGACUGCGCUCCCCCGAGGCGACACGGAUUGACUACUUUAUUUAAGAAAAAGUGUUUAUAAGGAAUCAAAAUGUAGUUUCUAAGAGACAAUCAGUGUGUGUCUUAUAUAAAUGGUACAUAUGUGUUUGUUUUUUAAAUCUGUGCUAGCCUUCGAAACUGUGAUCUGUUGUAAUUGUAUGCAAUUUGUGAGCUCCCUCGCAUUAGCGAUGACUCUCUGCUGUGAUUUUAAUAGAUUUGUAACUUUUUGAACAACAAGAAAAUAAUGGAUAAUGGUUAAAUAAUGAUUAUUGCAAGAGACAACCUGACUGUCCAAACACAUGGUAUAACAUCUGAGGGGAUACCGGGCGCGUCCCUAUCCAUUGAUCACUCACGUUGAUUGUGGAUCCCUAACAUGGCUCCAAAAAUGGUGUGACCCCACCGCUGAACAGACACAAAUAAAGGUCCUGAGAUCAGACCCCCUCAUUUAUCAAUGAGCUAAAUAUGGAUUCACUAUUGACUGUGUGUGAGUGUGUGUGUGUGUGUGUUGAUACAUAUUUAUGUAUUUUACAACGUCAUCCGUGGACAUCCAUGGAUGAAACGCUGUGGAAGUAGGUUUAUAUGUAUUUCCUCACCUUGAAUUGAACAAAUAAAUAUUCCUAGGAAGAGCCAUAAUACCAUUUUUUGGAUGAAUUGACAGAGAAUGAACGUUGGAUAUGUUUAUUGCAAAGUAAUGACUUUACUUCAGCCUUUCAAGCAAAAAGUCAAGCAAAAUCUUGGUGGCCAAGAUAUAUUGCAGGAGGCCUAUGCCAUGAUAUUAUUUUACCACAGAUUACAAUAUUUUCUAAACGAAAUUAAUGAACGAAUUUAAUUGAGGUAUGUUAAUUAGGUCUGUAAUUACUAUCUUAGUGAGCAAUCAUUAGCCACACUUGGCGGUUCAAUAUCCUCCAAUCAGCCUCAAACGGUAAACACGCAGCCUACUGUCUACAUUGACCAUUGUUGUAAUAAAUAAAACAUUUUGCUGAAGUUUCA